UGCUCAGCAGGUUGAAGGCAAGCAGUGGGACAGCCGCCAGACACACCCAGUCCAGGCAGUAAAACGAUCCCUGCUCUGCCCCCGAGCUCUUUCUAACGGAUAAAAGGAGAGGAAGUGCCAGCCCACAGGUUCAGAGGGACUCUUCUCUCUUUAACUCCUACGAGCCUCACUUGCUGUUUCUUCCCACCCUGUACAUUCGCCCCCCUCUCUCUCUCUCCAAAAGAAGGAAAACCCUGCUUGAAUAGGCCAUGUCGAAAUUUGGUUACAGCUCCCGCUCAGCGGCCGGGUCCGGCGGGUUCACCCAGGUCAGAGUCAGCUCCGUCUCGUCAUCUCGCGGAAUCGGAGGGGGCGGCAGUUUCAGCAAGCCGGGGGGCUUUGGCAGCUCCAGCCUCUAUAACUUGGGUUCUGGCGUCAGGCGGAUUGCCCCUGUUGGCAGCUCCUACAGUGUCCAGUCUUCCUACGGUGCCCUUGGCUCCAGCAGACAUGGAGGGAUGUUUGGUGGUGGGUUUUCGCCUGCAGGCAUUCAAGAGGUCACCAUCAACCAGAACCUCUUGUCCCCCCUCAACCUGGAAAUCGACCCCACCAUCCAGAAGCUGCGCAAGGAGGAGAAGGAACAGAUCAAGACCCUCAACAACAAGUUUGCAACCUUCAUUGAUAAGGUCCGAUUCCUUGAGCAGCAAAACAAGAUGCUGGAGACCAAGUGGAACCUCCUGCAGGAGCAGAAGACCACACGGAGCAACAUCCCUGCCUUCUUUGAAGCAUACAUCAGCAACCUGCGGAGGCAGCUGGAUGCCCUGCUGAACGACAAGGGACGCCUGGAGGGAGAGCUGAAGAACAUGCAGGAUCUUGUCGAGGAUUUCAAGAACAAAUACGAAGAUGAAAUCAACAAGCGCACAACAGCAGAAAAUGACUUCGUUGUGCUCAAGAAGGAUGUUGACGCAUCCUACAUGAACAAGGUGGAGUUGGAGGCCAGGGUGGAUGGAAUGACUGAUGAGAUAAACUUCCUGAGGGCACUCUAUGAAAAUGAACUGCGUGAGCUGCAGAACCAGAUCUCCGAUACUUCUGUGGUGCUUCAGAUGGACAACAACCGAAACCUGGACUUGGAUAGCAUCAUUGCCGAAGUCAAAGCUCAAUAUGAGGAGAUUGCCAAUAAGAGCAGGCUUGAGGCAGAAAGUUGGUAUCAAAGCAAGUACGAAGCCCUGCAAGCGAGUGCUGGGAAGCAUGGCGAUGACCUGAGGAACACGAAGAACGAGAUUGCCGAGAUUAACCGCACAAUCCUGAGACUGCAGGCUGAGAUUGAUAAUGUGAAAAAUCAGCGUGCCAAGCUCGAUGCUGCCAUUGCUGAGGCAGAGGAACGUGGGGAGAUGGCUAUCAAAGAUGCCAGGGCCAAACUAGCAGAGCUGGAGGCUGCUCUCAACAAAGCCAAACAAGAGAUGGCCCGCCAGCUGAGGGAGUACCAGGAGCUGAUGAACGUCAAGCUGGCCCUGGAUAUUGAGAUUGCUACCUACAGGAAGCUGCUGGAAGGAGAGGAGAGCCGGCUGGCUGGUGAUGGAGCUGGUUCUAUGAGCAUGACUGUGCUCAACUCCAGUUCUGGUGGCUCCUACGGCAGCGGAGGUGGCUAUGGCUACGGAGGAGGAAUCGGCUUUGGAAGUGGAAUGGGCAGCGGCGGAGGCCUAAGCUUCUCCUCCGGAGGUGGCUCAGGUGGUGUGAAAUCAGCGUACAGCGUGACAACAAGCACAUCCAGAAGAAGUGUCAGGAACUAAGCUCAGAAGACCAAGGUCAUCACUGCCUGAAAACAUCUCCAUUCCUU